AUGACCACUUCGAUUACUUGCCUUUGUGGAGAGACAAGGUUGUCCAUCCAGCUGGACCCUACCACCGACCACACUCAGCUCCAGCUAUGUCAUUGCAACAGCUGUCGCGCUGCGACAGGCCUGCUCUGUACCUCAUAUUACCUCAUGCAGCAUAAGCCGCCUGCCUUGGAAACUCUCCAAGAGUACCAGGAAUCCCCUCAUGUGAGCCGCUUCUUCUGUCGGACCUGUGGUGCUCAUGUCUUCGCCCAGUCCAAGCCCAGUGGCCGAUAUUUUGUAGCCUCUGGGGUAUUGGUAGCAGAAGAUACACCUGCAGUUCACUCCAUCCAGCAUUGGAAGGUUGGUGACACAGGAGAUGGUGGGUUGAGUGUAUAUCUCCUCGGAUGGCCUGCUACCGACAUAAGCUGCAGAUUGCAGGCACCAUCAGGACCUCCCGAAUUGUCUGAAACAGGAGGUGAUGCAAUGCAAAAGACACCACUAGAAUCUUCGGAUAGUCUGCAGGGUCAGAACAAGCUGCAGGCACGAUGCCACUGUGGAGGGAUUGACUUCUUCAUCACACCCCCAGAUGCAUCUUCCACUCAGGCCUGGUCACAGUGGAGUGAUCUCUUGAUGCCCUACAACUCAGGAUAUGCUGAUCUGGACAACGAUGCCGAUGUCAAAUGGUUCCUGCGCAAGGGAAACACCAAAUAUCUGGCGGGAACCUGUGCUUGUGCUUCCUGUCGAUUACACAGUGGUUUUCCCAUUCAAGUCUGGGCCUUCAUCCCUAAAUCAAACAUCGUCAAUGCGGAUGGAUCCUCUCUCACAUUUGGCCAUGGCACGAUGAGACAAUAUAAGAGCUCACCAGGGGUCUAUCGGGAAUUCUGUGACCAUUGUGGUGCGACAGUUUUCUGGCAUAAUGAUGGACGGCCAACCGUGAUCGAUGUAAGUGCUGGGUUAAUUCGGGGGAGACAUGCACGAUCAGAAGACUUGUUGGAUUGGGCUACUGGGCGUGUCAGUUUUGCAGAAAUGGCGGUACAGAAAGAUUUGGUGAAGCUGUUGGAAGAGGGCCUACAACAGUAUGCAAAGCAGCAUUAA